CACUACUAUAUAACAAAUAAUUUGAGUUAUGUGAUGCGUACCCCAACGUUAAUGGAAUUUCUCAAAAUUUUUGUGUGGACUAACAAAUGGAUGACGACAAAGGUUCUGGAGAGCCUUCAAUAAGACGAUCUAAAAGACUUGAGGAUCGUAGCAGGAUCCCAUCGGAGGACACUCCUGAUAAAAAAGGAAAGAAAAGGAAGGUAUCCAGCACCCCCUCGCCGGAGUGCCAGUCCAAAUACAAGCUCCGAAAGUUCUUGCGUUCAACUUCGCCUUCUUUUCCGUCUACAUCUAGGGCCGGAAGCACUCUGGGUAACGUUAACAAGUCACUGAGCUCGGACCCGUCCCAGUCAGCCUCCCCCUCCCGUUCCUCCACACUCAAAGCAGAACCAGAUGCAGGAUCAUCUGCAGGAACAAGUGCCAUGUCCACCACAAACCCCGCUGAAUCUUCUGACGACAAUAUGAACAACCCCGAGGACGACAUAGCAAGAUUACAGAAUCUGCUGGAAGCGCGCGGAGUACCCCCGCACGUGCUCACCUCAUUUGGCUCACGUAUGCACUUAUUCCUUAACCGGAGCAGCUCUACCAUGUCCCACGCGCAGCAGCUUCUUGGUAAACUUCAGAGUAAACAGGAGGCUCAACAACUUGAUGCUUGUGUUGAACUCUGUCAGAUGCUUGUGAUGGGAAAUGAAGAGACACUAGCUGGAUUCCCUGUCCGACAGUCCGUUCCCCUGCUGAUAAACCUUCUCAGCGCUGAAGACAACAUGCACCUUAUGUUGCAGGCGUGUCGUGCACUGACCUAUAUUAUGGAGAGUUUGCCCCGUUCUACUAGCUAUGUUGUGGAGGCGAUACCCCAUCUACUUCUUAAGCUGAAGAGUAUCCAGUGUAUGGACGUGGCGGAACAAGCACUAGCAGCCCUGGAUAUGCUAAGCAAGAAACACGCUAAGAGUAUUCUCCACUCUGGUGGCUUGUCGGCGUGUCUUUGUUUUAUUGACUUCUUCUCGCUAAAUGCUCAGCGCAGUGCACUUAACAUCACAGCUAACUGUUGUCAAGUAGUGACCUCCAAUGAUGGGCACCUCUUCAUGGAGUCAAUACCUGUCCUUAUCUCGAAACUAAAUACUCAGGAUAAGAAGUUGCUGGAAAGUUGCUGUUUGACAUUCUCCAGACUGGUUGAGCAACUUAAAACUAGCCCCGUCAUGUUGAUGGAACUCUGCAAGGACGGUCUCAUCACUAAUCUUCAGCAGCUAUUGUUAGUGGGUUCAGCCUCAGUGAUGACAACCAACGUAUUCACAAUGGUGCUGCGUAUACUGUCUACUGUGUUCCAGUAUUGUACCAGUCUUGCUACCGAGUUCAUCAAACAAGAUGCGAGUGGUACAAUAAGGUCGCUACUAGUGGGUAACAAGACCCCAGUAGAGAUAGGACUCACCCCUACCCUACUACACCGCUCUUCUAACGAACUCUUUGAGAUUCUCUGUCUUUGUGCGGAACUUCUUCCACAGCUCCCUAAAUACGGAGUUUUCUCCGUGGAUAACCUGAUAAGUGGGAAUGAUGAAGAGAAACACAGACAGUGGUUCUACCGAGAUAGCUCACGUGACCACGAUUCUUGGCAGAGCUUCAGCAAACAAGAGAACAAGAUCGUUAGUUCUAGCUGUGAUUCAGGUGAGACUGACGUUGUGCUGGCUAUGAAGAUAAACUCAAACGUUGCUUCUGAUUUUACCCUCGAUCUCAGCACCAUGAAAAUGGAGAAUGAAGAAACUGGCCCAGUGGACAACACCUCACCUCACUCACAACACGAUACCAACUCCUAUCACAGCGGUGAUGACGUCACUAAUGAUGACGUCACUAAUGAUGACGUCACUAAUGAUGACGUCACUAAUGAUAAUAUUUCGUGCGAUGAUAUUUUAAACUACCUCUCUGACGAUUUUAAUGAUUCAGGUGAACUGUACGACAUUACAACGUCCAGAAAGAAGACGUUUAUCCCUGAGUUACUGCACUCCGCCAGUAAAGAUAAGGAUAAAGAGGAUUGUAGGCUUACUUUGUUGAACGAUGAACCGGCCCUUUAUGAUGAGCUGUGUCAGACGAUGUUGUUGCUCCUGUUCGAAGUUUACCGCAGCACCGCAACUCCCAACGUGAGAUACAAGUGUCUUCACUGUCUGCUCCGGAUAAUAUACCACUCCCGUCCGGACUCAAUCAAGAGUAUUGCGGAGUUACUGCCGUUAUCUAGUACUGUAGCAGGCAUGCUGAGCAGCCAAGACAGCAGGUUGGUGAUUUACGGUCUGCAGCUGUCGGAGAUAUUGAUGAAGAAACAACCGGUAGUGUUCGCUGUGUACUUUAAAAGGGAGGGAGUUAUGCAUGCCGUGAAGAAGAUUCUAGCGGAGAGCUCUUCUAUGCCGGGGAGAUCUAAUAUCGGUUAG